AUGGAGCACAAGAACUACCGCUUCUGUAAGAAGCGCACCGUAGUGGAGACAGGAACAACCUAUUUCAGCUGCGUGAAGUUCCGGGCAGGCUGUCCAGCACGUCUUGUAGUCAAGAAGGGGGGCGCUAUCAUCGAAAGAAAUGCCCACUGCUGCGACCAAGACAUUUUAGAAGAGGUCGCAGACGUUCGCCGCGACAUGUCGUUGGAGCUCCAAGAUCGCGCCAUUAAGGAGUUCUCUGUUGCACCUGGUGUUCUGUGGCAGCGCGUCUUUGAUGAAUUCCGUGCCAAGCAUCACCCGUCCACUAUCUACGGUAUUGCGCGCCCGAAUGGUGUUACAAUCAUUAAAAACGUGCGCCAGGGUGCCACGGGUGGCGAUAUUUUCCGUGCAGUUGAGGCUACACCGCGCAUGCUGUGCUUUGGGCAUCCGGACUUACUGCGGAUUCUACGGUACCCGCAGCUGACCCUAUUUAUCGACGGUACCUUUUCCGUGGUACCAAAGGGUUUCUCGCAGUGCCUUAUUGCUAUGGUCUAUGAUCCCAGUGUCGACGUAUACGUGCCGCUACUCUACGUACUCGUCAAUUCGAAAAGCCAAGAAACGUAUUGGCGAGUACUAGAGCAGCUCAUCAUGGCUUCCGACCGCCUGCUGGAGCCUCGCGAUGUUACCUGUGACUUUGAGCUUGCGUUAAUUAACGCUGUGAUUGAGCAGUUUCCUACAGCCAACAUCGUUGGCUGCCUCUUCCACUGGAAGCAGGCUCUUCGUAGGAAGAUGAUAGAGCUGAAGAUUCCCAAGGAACAGAUCGCGGAUGCCAUGAAGUCUGGAAAGCUGGACGUGCUUACAGUCAUUCCUGCCGAAGAAGUGCUGGACAAGGGACUACGGUACGUUCGAAGCAUCAUCGACGAGACCGAGACGAAAACUAAAUGGACCGCUUUCUGGAAGUACUUUGUACGAACGUGGACGAAGAGGUUCGACAUGUCGCUGUGGAACGUGAGCCAGAUGCGGCGCAACAAUGUGAGCAUGACAAAUCGGACUAAUAACCCGCUGGAGAAGUACAAUCGCGAUUUUGCUGCUCGCAUUGGUGCGCCGCAUCCAAGUAUCCUCGUCUUCAUUGAAGCUGCAAAGAAAGAAGCUCAUUCCUACGUAAAGCUGCUGGACGACAUCAAGCAUGGUCGGCAGAGCGCUCCUGCUCACGCGCGAUCUGUGAAUGUUGAAGUUCCUGGGGAAUACACGGCGUUUGAGUAGGUAUUCUGACAUUCAGUAAGUCAUAAGAGAUAUCUUGUUGACAUGGGCA